UUGUACCAUAAACAGCAAUAUAGUGUAAACAUAGUUUACAGUACGAGUGACUCAAGAAGGCUAUUUAUAGUUUGAUAAAUUUCGAAAAUUAUAUUCAUCAUAUCCGAAUUAAGUUUUAUACGAACAGUACGUAUACAUAUUUACACAUGUUUCCUGAGAGUAGCUUAUGACGUAUUGAUGAGUUUAAAGUUGGAAAACAUAUAGACGUCGAAAUAAAGAAGUAAAGGCAUUGAUGCAAUGUGAAUGAAUAUAUCUGAUAAGGCAUAAAUACGGAAAAUGGCUGCGUAUAUGCCUAACAAUAGCAAAUUUACCAUGGCUGAGCAAGACAAAGAAGUUUUAAUGACAUGCCGGGCUAAUAUUAUUGAAAACCUUGAAGUAGACAGCGUGGCGGAUCAACUCCUGGCAGAUAAAGUUCUAUCAAGGAAAAUGUAUGAAGAUAUACAAGCGAAAGGUAGAGAGCUGGACAAGGGACGAACACUUUUAGACAUUUUGGAAAAACGAGGUCCGGAGGCCUUCGGGUCGUUCAUCAAGGCGUUGCAGAAAGAUCAUGCCUUUUUGGUAGACAUGAUUUUAGAAACGAAAGACGGGAUUCAAACAAACACUGUUAAGCAAGGGGACGACACGUAUGAAUCGGCUAAGGAAUGCAUAAGUGAAGAUAUUGGUUCGCUGGAUGUAUUGAAGAAAUCAAAACCAACAAACCAAGUCACAAACGAGAAUGAUUCGACGACUGCUGAAUCAAUUGCCAUCUCAGUCAUUAAAGCAGAUUGCAAAAUGCAAAAUGACUCGAGUGUUGAACUGAAAAAAGGCGACCUGGUCGUAGUAGAAGAAAAGCUAUCUGAAGAUGCGCUUGUGGUUGAUACGAAAACAGGCAAGAAAGGACUUAUACCACUCUCUCAUAUUAUUGCCUUCGGCGACCCAAAGGACGAACCUUGGUUUUACAAUGGAAAGAAAAUGUCGUCAAAAGAGGCGAGUAUCAUGCUAAACCGUCGGGAUCAUAUCGGUUGUUUCAUUGUGUACGUUUCUAACAACCCCGAAUCCAAAUCAAAGUACAACUUGUCUGUCAGAACCGAUAUCGGUGUUACUCACUACCGAAUAUUUGAGAAAACACAAGGACUUACGCUUGGAAAUAAUAAACAUUUUACUUGUGUAAAAGAAUUCGUGGACUAUUAUUCUCAAUCUAGAGGUGGCUUAAAUAGAACGCGAUUACGCCGACCAUUUUCGUUAUCCUUCCCAGAACUACCAGCUCCCAAGUGGAUAUUGAACUCAGAAGCUCUCAAAAUCAAUGGAGAUUUCUUGGGGUGCUGGCGCUUUGGUUCCGUAUACUCUGGAAGCUAUAAUGACACCGCUGUUGCGAUCAAAGCAUUCGAAAGACAAGCUACAUCUGAAAACAGAUUGGAUGAUUUCAUGGAGCACGUGCGACUUAUGGCCGACAUUACAGUAAUGAACGACGAAAACAUUAUAAAGCUAAUCGGCGUAUGUCGUGAGCAGAAGCCAUUCUAUGUGAUUACAGAAUUAGUAGCGAACGAAUCAAUAAGAGAAAGACUGGUGAAUGGACCAACCGUUCUGAAAUUCGGAUACGAGCUUGCAUCGGCUCUAACCAAGUUAGAGGAUAUGAAGUUUGUGUUACAUCGAGAUGUCGCGUUGCGAAACUGCCUUCUCUCGUUUUCUGGUAAUCUAAAGCUGGCUGGUUUUUCAAGGGCUCGUAAAGUAGCAACUGAUCAAUAUUGUAGCGAUGAGUGCGGCACGGGAGAUUCUGAAAUUCCGGUGCGUUGGACCGCACCAGAAGUUUUUCAAAGCAUCGUUAAUGAAGGGGGAAUACUGUUCACAUCGAAGAAUGACGUAUGGGCGUUCGGCGUCACGCUCUGGGAGAUGUACUCGAAAGGGAGCCUACCCUACGAUGGUUUGAGUAACGUUGAAGUUAGCGAGCGACAACUGGAAUUUGGGACGAAGGAAACUCCCUUGGCUAAACCCGACAAAUGCCCAGAAAACGUCUACGCGAUCAUGACGCUAUGUUGGAGACCACACAAAAUACGUCCUUGUAUGAGAGAAAUAUGCGGCAAGCUGAAGAACCUUAUGAAAAAAUCAAAUCGUCCACCAGUCCCGAAAAAGCCAAAUAUGCCAAAAAACAGUUUGCUUGGACAAGGUGUUGAAACCACACUAUAA